AUGUGUAUAUAUCACAGCCUUUUGUGUGUAGCUCGAAUUUACGGAAUCCUGGUGCUCGGAAGGUUGAUCACACAUAUCGAAAAUAUAUUGGUAUCGCUGCGUAGGAUCUCCGAUGUAAAGUUUAAACAGAAAAGCAAAGUGAUGGUAAAUUUAAAAUAA